AUGGAGACCGGAGCAGGACAGAGGGAAGAGGAAACUAGAGUGGACGGCUGGUGUAGAGUCUCUCACCAGCACCAUUCAUCAACUUCAUCCCAGCGAUAUCCCAGAGUUCCUUGCUCCCAGAGCGCAGCUGUGCCGGACAGCAGUGAUUGUGUGGAGGAAUGUAAGGAGGAGUGUGUGGAGGAGUGUGUGGAGGAGUGUAAGGAGGAGUGUGUGGAGGAGUGUGUGGAGGAGUGUAAGGAGGAGUGUGUGGAGGAGUGUGUGGAGGAGUGUAAGGAGGAGUGUGUGGAGGAGUGUAAGGAGGAGUGUAAGGAGGAGUGUGUGGAGGAGUGUGUGGAGGAGUGUAAGGAGGAGUGUGUGGAGGAGUGUAAGGAGGAGUGUUCUGACCAGGUCCAGCUCAAACUCUAA